AUGAUAAACACAAGACGAAAAGUUACGAAAUGGAGUAUGGCAACCGAUUCGCCUAGCAUUGACCUAGAGGAAUCGGCUAAUGAUGGUUUCACAGAUGCCGUUAACGGUGGAGGAGAUUUUCCAAGCUCAGAUGACGAUAGCAGUAUGAGCGUGCACGAUAGCGAUGCUUUGCGAUUGGAUAUUUUGGAACAGCCCAAGCAAAAGCAACUGUUUUACCAGGGAGAUGAAGAAUCGGAGUUGGACGGUGAAGUCCAUCAACCGCAGCCGUUGGUCCAUUCUCCCAUUCAGAAGCAUGUUCGAUUUAACAGCCAGCGAAGAAAACAACCUGAUAGCGAAGAGGACACGUCUCCCAUGCAUCCUUGGGAGUUCAGGAGAGUAAUACGGAAGGAAUUCAGAGAGAAGCUACCCAAGAAUUACGAGAUCAAAAGAUGGAGGAGGCCGUCAAAAGCAAUGGUGAACUCUGUGAUCCAGCUUCUUGAGACAAAUGUCGAGUCCUCACUGCGACAAGUACUCAAGAAGUAUACACCUGAACUGCAAGCAAUUGAGCAUACGGAAAACGUCGAUAAGAUUUUCAGACAGAAACAAAGCAUCAUGAAUGAUAUCAUUUCCAAGAUCAAGAGCCAGCUUAAGAAAUCGAAGUUUCCGUCACGAAUAUCAGAUAGAGAACUUGAAAUUGAGUAUAUUGUUUCCAAGAGAAAAUUCAUACAGAAUCGAUACGCAGAAGAAUUAAUGAAUGCCGAGAGGCUCGAAAGAGAGCUGCUUCGAGAGCAAACGUUGCUUAAUGAGCUCAAAGCAUCAUGUGAGGCUGUUAAAAUGAACAAUAGGACUAGCCUCACUAAAGGCCUAAUGGAAAACAAUCUGCAUCCCAGCCUCAACAAAGCAGUGGAAAAUGCCUACGGGCUUAUUGCCGAUCCUUCCGGCUCACAGGUCGCAGGAACUCUGUACAAGAGAGAUGUCACUGAGCUGAAUCUCAAGCUAAAAGAUCCGAUAAAAACGUCACCAAGCCAGGAAGAGGCAGCGAAUCUUUUGCCUGGACUGAAUAAAUCUAAUCAGGCAUCCGCUGAACUGUACAAUAAUCUAUCAAACUUCGCAGAACCAGAGUUACAAGCGAUAUUUCAAAGGCUCUUUUCAGGUCGCCAUGGAUGUUGA